UGUUUUUAAUUGUACUUUAGUAAUUUUAGCGUCUCAUUCUAUUGUUUUUUUUUAAAUAAAACAUGAAAUUAAAAGUACUGAAAACCUGUGGCAACGGUUAGUGGAGUACCGUCUGUAUCUCGAGGAACAAAUUUUGCAUCCUUCCUUUAGUGGUGAGAUCAGUCACACACACCCAAGGCUUCUUUUCGCGUUCGUUGUCGCGGCUGCCACUGUGUGUUUUCUGAUUGACGAUUAAGAGCAGCGCCUCCAGACAGCAGUUGCUGUGGAGGAACCUCUGGGCAAUGCGUUCGGCUGUACGCUGCGAACCACUCGGGCUGAUCUGUAAAAAGAUGUCAAAUCAAAUCUUGCCUGCUGGCACUGGUGCUGGUAGGCCACCUCGGUCGGUUCAUCGUUUGUGCUUUUUUUGCUAGUCUGUGAGCAAUGCCAAACUCACUCGCCACGGCCAUGUUUCGCACAUGCCCGCAUCGCUCCCGACAAACUCGUCAAUCCUUAUUCCAUGGGCAGUCUGCCAGAAGCACUGUAUCUGCAUGCUGCCCCUGAUGAUGGUGCUGCUUCUGAGAGCCGGGGAAAUCAUUCCCGCGCUGACAAUCUUCGGUCCCUUGAUGGGAUCAACGACCAGCAUCAAGCCAGCCGAGUGUGCCUUUGCUUGCGGGAAUGCACAGAACGAGGAGCUUGCUGCACUACUUCCAGCUGGACUCCGAUCACACAUCCAACUGGAUGAAACACGUCAGACUCGCUGACAAUCCACAAGAAUGCAAUCUCGCCGUCUUCGAGGUGCCGCAGUCUGUUCCGUUUUGGCAGUGUUCCAAUGGUGCGUUGAGCUUGGGAAUGGUGAUCUUUGUCACAGUUCGCGCCAUUCUGCCGAACGAGGAACUGAAGGUCGCUUACUCGUGGGAUUAUGCCAGCCGCAUCGGGCGUGGCUGUUUGGGAAACACGGCAACCGCAAACGCCAGCCACGCCGCCAAUGCUGCUGGUGCAGUCAUUUCCAGUGGACUGCCGGCCGACAGCACUGACGCGGAACAUCACUCAUCCACUUUUAUCAAUUUCAGCGUUAGUCUUCCAGCUAACGUUAACGUGCUCAGGGAUUUGUCUCCCAUGAUACCGGACAGGGAAGAAGACGCCAACAGCGAAUGUACGGACGAUGAGCCCAUUUCCGACUCGGAGAUUGUCAACGAUUUCCUUUCUCCGGAUGACGAAUGCAUUACUGAGGCCAACGUGGAAGAAACUGGAGCGGGCGAUAGUAUAUUUGCCUUUGCGAACCCGAUAACGACUGCCUCACCUGUUGAUAACCGCGACAAUGAUGACACGAUGGCGGAAAUGCCUGUGCGAAAUCAGGAGGACUGUGCGGAUUUACCACUGUCCGUCAACGUUGAAGUGGAUCGAAAGUCCAGUGAAAUUGCGGAAUUCAAUCAAGAUCGUUUGAAAACCAAGAAACAUCUUUUGUCUCGCAAACAUGGAAAAUGUUUGGUAUGCGGUCUGUCUUUCAAAGACAUGGCAUCUCACCUCCACGCAGCACAUACGGAGGAGGAUGUCCGUGCUGUGGACGACGCCUGCUUUGUGUGUCGUAGAAAAUUUAAAAGCGACCAGUUGCUUGGAAAACAUGUGAAAAUGGUUCAUUCCCUUGUAUCGCCGCCCGACGAAACCGCUCGGCUGGCUGCUCUAGAUUACAUCCGGAGAACCGGAUUCUUGCAUUACCGCUGCGCUGUGUGCGGCAAAGUGUUCACAAGCGAAGCGCUGCUGAAUGUCCAUGCUUUUGCCCAUGAUACUGAUAAAAGUCGGCAUGAAGAACAACCGGAGAGGACGUGUCCAGGCUGUGCGUUUACUGCGUCGACGUUUACCGAGCUGCUUGAGCACACCGGGCAGCACGCGCGCUACCUGAGGGCGCGCUCCAUGAGGACACAACAUCCGUGUAUUUUGUGCGGGACACACGUUGAUAAUAUGAAGAAUCAUGCAAAGUCCUACCAUCCGGAAGUGCUGAAACUGUUGCGGAACAAGUGGCCGCUGCAGUGCUCGGAGUGCCCACAGAUCUUUAUUAGCACAGGAGCGUUGAAGUGUCAUGUAACCCGGCGCCAUGGAGGCCGGCGGUGUUUCUACUGUGGAUUCAGAAGUCCAGUCCUAAAAACGUUAAACAAGCACGUGAAGCAGCAUCGCGUGGAACGAUUGUUUCCGUGUCCGUGGUGUGGGUCAUCCUUCAAAAAAUAUUGGCAGCUUGCUGCUCAUGUGCGGGAUGAGCACCGCGAUGUGGAGAAUACAGUCGCCGAAGAACGGACUGAUGCUUCAUGUGAAUUUCAGUUACCGGAACAGUUAGACGGCGCCGAAGUUGCGACUGAUCCGACUACCUCAACUCCUGCCGAAAGUGCUGCCUUGGCGGAAUUUAUCCAGCACAUGAAAGAAACAGCGACGUUCUCUUAUUAUUGUAGCUCCUGUCACCUGCACUUUUCCCUCAAGGCGCUGUUGGAUCUGCAUCAGAUACAUCAUUACGCGGAUAGUGAAGAAUUGGACCAGCAUCCAGAGCAUCGUUGUCCGGCAUGCGAAUUCGAAGCGUCCUGCUUUACCGACUUGAUGCACCACACGAAAGAGCAUGGUUUGAAGCCGACGGAUAAGAAACCGUGUGCAGUCUGUGGAGAACACUUUCAGCAUCUAAAACGGCAUUUCCGAGCCCAGCACCCCGACAUCAUGAAGCGCCUGGAAGAGGAUUGGCAGUUUCGGUGCGACGAAUGUGGAGAGCGAUUCAAAAGUGAAAACAACCUUAGCUUCCACAUCAAGUCCACGCAUCUAGGAUAUCAGUGCCUGUAUUGUGCAAAAUUGUUCCGUAAACAGAAAGAUCUGGGACUGCACGUCUGGCCGGAACACAGCGUCAACGGCGAAUUUCCUUGUCCUUCGUGUGAUAAAACUUUUGCAAAUUAUCCCCUCACAAGACAGCAUUAUCGGAAACGCCACGAUGUGAUGCAGAUGAAGACGUGCGAGAGCUGUCAGCAUGUUUGUCGCGGAAAGAAGCAACUGGCUGAACAUAUGGAAAGCGUUCACGAUAUCCCGAGGAGUUUCAGUAAUUUUAAGAGAGGGAUGAGGAGCAAGCUCCAGUUGUCCCUCAACAAAAUACAUGCAGGCGGCUUCAAGUGUCCCGAAUGUGGGAAACUGUUGAAAACUUAUAAGUCACUGUAUUUUCACAAACAGAACGUGCAUCAUUUUGGAAUGAAUCUAGGCGAGUGGAACAAGAUACUGCUGUCUGCGGAAGUCCCACAGAAAGUAGCUAAACCGAAAGUGCCAAAACCCCGUAAGCGUUUCACGUGUGAUCUCUGUGGAAUAGUGGUCUCGAGCUAUAACAGCCUGUACCGCCACAAACGCUGGAAGCAUGUUGGAGAUUAUAAAGAGAAGUUUGAAAAAGACCGCGCGGAGAAGAAGAGACUGGGGAUUUACACGUGCUGGAAGACGUAUAAGAAGCCACGGGAUCGCAUGGCGUUGGAGGAUUUCCCGCAUAAAUGUGAUGUGUGCCAGUUGGGAUUUGUGAGAGCGAUCGCUCUGGAGAAGCAUAACGCAACGCGGCAUCCGGAUGACCAUAUGCAACAGUCGUGAUAUUUUGAUUCUGCAGUAUUACUAGUUUUGGUUUGUUUAACCGCUCGACUUAGACCUGGUUUGAAUCCGCUAUUCCAAUCGUUUUUCAGACUUAUUGGUGUUUGUUUGUCCGAUUCUACCAUUGAUCUGUUUGGUGUUAUUGGCAGGGCUUUCAGGUGGCGUUUAUCUAUCCACUGUACAGCACUUUCAUAUUUUUGUAGACAGAGCUGGUUACAUUUCUUCCUUGAUCGUAAUAAUACUGUAAGUACAUCUGUUUUUAACAGCACUGAAGCCACAAGACAUGUACACAAUUAGAAAUCAACUGGCUUAUAAAAACAAUGUGAACCA